AUGGCAAACCUUAUCUUUCAUUUCUGCUUCAUCUUCUUCAUGGUUUGUUCAGGUUUAUGCCAGUCCCAUUUUACUAAUUCCGAUAGAGGGGCGCUUCUUGCUUUCAAAUCUUCUGUUAGGGAUCGUUACAAUAACUUGCAAAACUGGUCCAAUUCGUCUUCCAUAUGCAAUUGGUCUGGAGUAACAUGUGAUUCUGAGAAUGAGAAUGAGAGAGUUAGAAUAUUGAGUCUUGCACAGAUGGGUCUCAAGGGAACCUUGCCCUCACAGAUUGGCAAUUUGUCGUUCUUAGUGAAACUUGACCUCAGCAGCAACAACUUGUAUGGCAAGUUGCCAAAAGAGUUGUUUCAGCUGCAGAGGUUAGAAACUCUCAACUUGAGCUAUAAUGCUUUCGGUGGAGAAAUCCCAAGUUCGAUGGGAAACUUAUUUACGCUUCAACACUUGAUCCUUGGCAAUAAUAGCUUUGGAGGCAUCAUUCCUAAAAGUAUAUCCAAUUUGUCUAGGUUGGAGACCUUGGAUUUGAAUUCUAAUUCUCUCCAAGGAUCUAUUCCGUUUGAUAUUGGAAGACUUCAACAUCUAAAAAUUUUACGCCUUUCUGUAAACAAGCUUUCAGGAAUUAUGCCUCCAUCUAUUUCCAACAUUUCCUCACUUGAGCGGCUCAUUCUGUCUCUCAACCUCUUACAAGGAUAUAUUCCCAUAGAAAUGAAUAAGCUUACAAAGCUGAAAAUUAUAUACUUGGGAGGGAAUAAGUUGACUGGCCAAAUACCAAGAAGUAUUGGUAACUUUAUCAUGCUUCAAGAGCUAUCUCUUUCAAACAAUAACUUACAAGGAGGUAUUCCCAACGAAAUUAGCAAUCUUACAAAUGUGAAGAAUAUAUAUCUCGAUAACAACCAAUUGUCUGGUCACAUACCAAAAAGCAUUGGAAAAUUGACUACGCUUCAAGAGUUAUCUCUUGCCAACAACUUCUUUGAAGGAAUUAUUCCUAAUGAAAUUAGAAGCCUUACAAAUCUGAAAAUAAUGGACCUAUCAGCCAAUCAACUAUUUGGCUACAUACCAAGAGGCAUUGAAAACUUGACUAUGCUUCAAAAUUUGAACCUUGAAAACAAUAAUUUAGAAGGCUCAAUACCUUUGGAAAUAGGCAAUCUUCAACAACCUGAGACAUUAUUGUUGUCUCAAAACAAAUUGAGCGAAUAUAUUCCGUCAGAAAUUUUCAACAUCUCAACUUUGAAAGUCUUGUCUCUCUACGACAACUCUCUAGCAGGAAGUCUUCCAUCAGAUUUCGGAUAUGGCCUUUCUAAUCUACAAGAGUUGUAUUUAUGGGGAAACAAACUUUCUGGAAGAAUCCCAAACAUUUGA